UUUAACCCGUCAGUUUAACUGAAAACUGUUCAUGAAUAAACUCAGGAUAUACUCACGCAACCUGUCUGAACUAAAUUACGCGACCCGUUCAAUAAAGCUCAAAUCCCAUUGGUCCGCUUCAAUACACCUGUUCAUCUCAGCCAAUCACAGCGCGACCUCGAGCACCUCCAAGAUGGCGGCGUCCAUCCAGAACAGCUGUCAGCUCAUUUUAUGUUGACAAAACGCGAGCAAUAACUAAUCGAAACAAAGUAAAACACACGACGAAACGAAUAAGAGAGUUUCGGCCACUGAACAUGUCGGUUACAGGCGGGUUGCCAGGUUUCAUAGCGGUUUAAGAGAGACGGUAAUCGGUUCUUCUGCUAUGGCCACCGACAACAGGAUUCAUUUCUGGAGAAGAAACGCAAAGGUUCCCGGAAGUUUACAGCCGGUAUAUGGAGCACAGCACCCUCCUCUGGAUCCACGGAGACACCGUCAAUUUAAAGACCCUCCUAAAGCCAGUAAUGUAAACACCAAAUCCAAAAAGCCGUCGUCGUUCCAUGAAUUUGCACGGAGUACCAAUGAUGCGUGGGACAUUGAUGAUGAAGAGGAUGAUGGUGUAUUCAGUCUCAAACAGACCUCAUCCUCACCCGUCCAAUCACGGUCCAUGCCUCAAACUCCCAGCCUGAAACUCUCCAAAGCUCUGGAGGACACAGAGCCACAGCUCCACCUACCAGAGAGGCAGGAGCCAAUCAGCACAGAGCCUGAUCUAGAUCAACUAGACAUUGAGAGCGGUUCAACCAAUGGCAGGGUGGUGAAAUCCUGUAGUGAAGCCCAGCUAAACAUUAAUGCAGCACGCAAUACCCUGCAUAAACAGCAGUCACUUCCUGUACGGCCCAUCAUACCGUUGGUUGCCCGCAUUUCGGACCAAAACGCCUCGGGAGCUCCGCCCAUGACAGUGAGAGAGAAAACUCGAUUGGAUAAAUUUAAACAGUUGCUUGCAAGUCCCAACACAGACCUGGAGGAGUUACGAAAGCAUAGUUGGUCGGGAAUCCCACGUGAAGUUCGGCCAAUUACGUGGAGACUGCUGUCGGGCUACCUUCCAGCCAAUAAGGAACGAAGGGAUCUUGUUCUUCAAAGAAAGAGGGAGGAAUAUUUUGGCUUCAUUGAGCAGUAUUACCACUCCAGAACAGAUGAAAACCACAGAGACACAUAUCGACAGAUUCACACCGAUAUCCCGAGGACAAACCCUUUGAUUCCUUUGUUCCAGCAAUCUCUUGUGCAGGAGGUGUUUGAAAGGAUUCUGUUCAUCUGGGCCAUCCGUCACCCGGCGAGCGGAUACGUGCAGGGCAUUAAUGACCUGGUUACACCUUUUUUUGUGGUUUUCCUUUCUGAAUUUGUAGAGGAGGAUGUUGAAAAUUUUGAAAUGGCGAGCUUACCCCUGGAUACGCAGAGAAACAUCGAGGCCGACAGCUUUUGGUGUAUGAGCAAAUUGCUGGAUGGGAUUCAGGACAACUACACAUUCGCCCAGCCUGGGAUUCAGAUUAAAGUGAAGGCGCUGGAGGAGCUCGUCAGCAGAAUAGAUGAGGAUGUCCACGCGCAUUUUCAGAAGUGUGAAGUGGAGUAUUUGCAGUUUGCUUUCCGCUGGAUGAAUAAUCUACUGAUGAGGGAACUGCCCUUACGAUGUACCAUCAGACUGUGGGACACCUACCAGGCGGAGUCAGAGGGCUUCUCCCAUUUCCACCUCUACGUCUGCGCUGCUUUCCUCAUCAAAUGGCGGAAGGAGAUCCUUUCCAUGAUGGACUUUCAGCCUGUGUGCUGGACGCUUCCCACACAUGCACGCAUCACUGAAAAGUGGCCCGGCCAUCACUUUCCCCCACGACCAUCAGAAUAAUUGGUCCUCCAGUGGAGGAGGCUCUGCUGUAACUAAAUUUCACAGGCCAGCGCAUUCACCACACCUCAGCGGCCAUGAAAUGAGAACGUACUGUUGUACAGCCCCUUCCCUCUCUCUCCCCCACGCUUUCUACGGCUCCACACUCAUUUAUAAUUUGCUUAGGUGUCAGGUUGUGCAGGGAAGGGUUUGAUGGACAGUUGUUUGAGCACAAGCGUUUAUACGGAGCCUGUCAAUGUACAUAAUUAAUUGUGAUUUAUCUCAUGGGUUCCCAUUGCUUAACCAGUUGAGCAUAGUGAGAUCUUUACUCAGGUCAUGAAAAAAACAUAUAUUGAAAAAUGUACAGUACUGUGCAAAAAUCUUAGGGCACCAUUA